GCGUGAAAAGCUCUCAGCGUGCUAUUUACCUGCUAACAUCCAUCAUGAUAAAUAACACUGCCUGCACUGGGCCCAUCAUACUCCGCCGUCUCUGGUAGCCACAGUAGAUUCUGAUUACACGGAUGUUGGCACAGGAAGAAUUAUUUAGCCUGCUUGGAAACGGCAGCUUUAGCAUGUUAAGCUGGCUACAGGCUCCAGACGGCUAACGCCGUGUUUGUUAUCUGCGUUAGCCGCUGCACUCCACUGGUUGCUUGCUUUAGUUCGUUACUGGCAUGCAUAUAUGUGCUGCUAAAUAUCGUCUGUCUUUAUCAAAGAAUUGAUUGUUGUUAAUUCCCGUGAAGAAGGAAAAGCUGUGACUGCAUCGUGUUCUUUUUGACGGGGAGGCUAAGUUAGCAUCCUACUGAAGUUUGAUGCUGCAACCUAACAUGAAACUUUCUAACUCCAGGCUCCAGUCUUCCCCACUUAAGAGUAACUCUUCAUCUCAGAGACUAAAUGCAACUGAACCAGGGGGCUUGUGGGCAUGAAGUGGCUGGGCGAAUCCAAGAACAUGGUAUUAAAUGGCAGACGACACGGAAACAAGUUGACCGGCGAGCAACCUGUAAGCCAGACACGCUCUCAGCAUCCACAGCGGGCGUCGCUGCGCCACAGCAAAAGCCACCCGAGAAGCCGAAGAUGUAGCCGCAGGUGUAACGGAGCCAGUCUGGAGGCGGAGAGGCGCUACGUGCCCUCCUCAGGAAUGACGGCCAAGGAGCUGUGUGAGAACGAUGAUCUGACCACCAGCCUCAUCCUGGAUCCAUAUCUGGGCUUUCAGACUCAUAAGAUGAACACCAGAUUUCGACCAGUCAAGGGAAGACAAGAGGAGCUGAAGGAAAUCAUUGAGCGCUUCAAGAAGCAUGACAACUUGGAGAAAGCUUUCAGAGCGCUGACAUCUGGAGACUGGUGUCGAAGUCUUUUCCUCCACAAGUCCAAGGCUCAAGAAAAGCUCUUCAAACAACAUGUGUUCGUUUAUUUACGAAUGUUCGCCACGGACAGCGGCUUCGAGAUUCUUCCCUGUAACCGCUACUCGUCCGAGCAGAACGGCGCGAAGAUCGUGGCCACGAAGGAGUGGAAAAGAAACGAUAAGAUCGAGUACCUGGUGGGCUGCAUCGCCGAGCUCUCGGAGAGCGAGGAGAACCUGCUGCUGCGGCACGGCGAGAACGACUUCAGCGUCAUGUAUUCCACACGCAAGAACUGCGCACAGCUGUGGCUCGGACCGGCGGCGUUCAUCAACCACGACUGUCGGCCAAACUGCAAGUUUGUGUCGACGGGGCGGGACACGGCCUGCGUGAAAGUCCUGAGGGACAUCGAACCAGGAGAAGAAAUCUCCUGUUACUAUGGAGAUGGUUUCUUUGGGGAAAACAAUGAAUUUUGUGAAUGCUACACGUGUGAGAGACGGGGAACUGGUGCUUUCAAAUCCAAAGCUGGACUUCCGGUGGAGGUGCCGGUGAUCAACAGCAAGUACGGGCUGCGGGAGACGGACAAGCGGCUGAACCGGCUGAAGAAGCUCGGAGAAGGAAACCGGAGCUCGGACAGCCACUCCGUGGGCUCCCACACCGACGUGGACUCUCAGGAAAUGCCAAAAACACACCAGUCUGCCAGAAAAAGAACAUCAUCUUCAUCAUCUUCAUCACCUGGCCUGAAGUAUAAAAACAGGACUCAAACCAGACAGACGUUGUCACGAGCCCUUUCUACCUCAUGUUCAAAACAAGGUCGUCUAAACAAUAACAGGGUACCAAAGAGACUAAAAUCCCAAUCCAAGCCUUCACUCAGUAAAGUCCAGUUGCGGAGUCACCGUAGGGGGGCGGAGCCACGGGCUUCGACCAAAGGAGAGAGUUGUCAGCUGGGUCUCAGGGACUCGAAGGUGUCGCAGUGUAAAGGCGUCACUAUUAAGAAGGAGAAGGACGGACAGGAACUGAUGCAGCUACCGCUGGGCCAGCGUGGCUGCCUCACCCGCCACGCCGCCAAGGAGAACAGCAACCUUCCAGCUGGGGCGAACGGCGAUGGCAGCCAGGGCUCCACGUACAGAACUCGCAGGUCCACCAGGACCCUGGUAAAGACCCAGGAACCAGCUGCUGGUGUCAAGUUGGAACCGAGUGCAAUGGACGGUUUGAGCCCAGUUCCUGGCGGCGUGGUCAUCAAAACAGAGCCCGCCGACAUGGAGGAGUACCUCCACCACGGAGCCGGACUGGAGCAGCCGGCGUUGGACGCCGGCUACGCCAGAAGAGGCUCGCACACGAGCCGGAAACGGCCGACGCGGCUCAGGACCGAGAGGACAAUUAAAAGUGAGGGUUCGAACGGCGAGCCGUUCACGCCGGUGGCCGCAGGCCCCAACUUCUCAGACUGCAGUAACAUGCUGCUGAGCUUCGCUGACAGACACAGAGACUACAAUGGCGUCGCUAACGGCAACAAGUCCCUGCGCAGGGACAAGAGGAAGAGCGGCUGCCGCUCGCAGGACAAGGUGAAGAAGAAGCGUCGGAUCACGCGAUACGACGCUCAGCUGAUCCUGGAGAACAACACGGGCAUCCCUAAACUGACGCUCCGCCGGCGGAGGGACAGCAGCAGCAGCAAGACCAACGACCCCAACGACCACACAGGCUCCGCCCUCCCCGCCGCCAACUCCGCCUCUUCCAGCAAAAUCAGCAUCAAGUUCAGCAAGGACCACGACAAGGACAAGGGCAGCUCGUACAUCGCCAAGCUCAACAACGGCUUCGCACCUGUCGUCCACGGCAACUCCACCAAGCUGAAGAUCCAGCUGAAGAGGGAGGAAGAUGCACGGAGAAUAUCCCACACCAAGAUGGAGCAGAUGUCCUACAAUGGGGACAUGGCUCCGAAUCUGGAGACCAGGAACGGUGGGCAUCGGACUCAGAAGGUCCUGGCAGAACCUUCGUCUGAUGACGAAGAGGAGGAAGAGGAUGAUGAUGACGACUACUUCGACAAUGACUUCGAAGAUGACUUCAUUCCACUUCCCCCGGCGAAGCGGCUCCGACUCAUCGUGGGUAAAGACUCCAUAGACAUCGAUAUCUCCUCCAGGAGGAGAGAGGAUCAGUCUCUGAGGCUCAACGCAUAAGCUGUGGACCUUCCUGUACAUACCCCACCGCUGAUCAACUGUUGUGUUGAUGUAAAAGAAGUAAUUUAAAUACAAAAAAAACAAAAAGUGGAAAAAUUGCAAACCUGAAUGGAGGUGCUGUUAACCUAAAACAAAUCUCUCCGUUUUUCACUCAUCAGCUCAACAUUUAGUUCUGAUCAAGAUCCAUUAAACCUCACCGCAGUGAAAACAGAGAGUUUGUUAUAGGUUCAACUAUUCCUUUACGUGAAUGCACUUAUUUUCAUACAGACAUGGAUAUUGUAGAAAGUGUACAGUAUGGUGACCCUCACCUUACCCCCUGUCUCUCGGGCAGGUUUUAUUGAGCUUUUUUUUUUGGUCUCAUUAGUGUGUAAGCUUGAUGUGGACUGGUUGGUCCAGAGGCAUUAGAGCAUCAGUUAAAUCCACCUUGUGCCAUGUUUUCAUCAUGUUGCCACCUGCCAGCAGAAGGGCUUUUAAUAAAGUUUAAUCAUGUGUGCUUAGAGUUCAGAUCAGGAGUUCAGUCACCACAGCUUCAUUCAGUCAUACCAAUGACUGCUGAUUAAAAACUUCUCACUCAUUAACAUCUUUCAGCUGCCUGAACAUGUAUGGAAUGCUGUUGGGGUCAAAAAGUUAAUGCUUAAAUCUGCUGUUGAAAUUAAGACUGUGUACAUCCAAAUAAGUAGACGUAUUUAGUCAAUUUUCUUUUUCUCUCUGGAGAAAUUAGAUUUUCAAAAGCUUCCUUUAUUUUUAUUUCUAAUAGAAACAAAAAGGGGCGUGGUUAACUGAGCAGCAGUGAACCAAUAACGCUGCUAAUGUGGCUUCGUAAAGUUAAGAAUGAAGUCCUUUCAAUAAUAUUGAUAUACAAAAUUAUCUACCGUUAUUUAUCUGUAAAAAAUAUUUUUUCCUUAAAACUGCAUUUUGAAGAUUUUGCCAUGUAAAGGUUGUAUAUGUCUAUACAUUGCAGUAAGUGAGGAUAAUUAUUCUCACCAACACUUAAAUUUAUUUAAAAUUAUUUCAAAAUAUAGUAAAAAAUGUUAAUUCACAAAAAUGUCGUUAAAUAAGUUAAUAAUUUUAAUACAUAAAUAAUAGUAAAAUAAUUGAAAAAAUUAAAAAUACAUUUUUACAAAGGCCAGAGGCAGUUUGUCGGAAAUUUGCAACAGCGGGUAUUAAGGAGUUAAUCCGCUAAUUCCGGCUCCACCCUCUUUCUGCCCUGAAAUCAGAACUUGGUGGGAAGAAGGUGUAAAAUGUGCUAGUGGCUAACAGCUAGUUUCUGCUUGGUAAACUUUGGGGGCUGUUAGCUCAUGGCUAACUUCUACGAGCUUUCAUGUGAGUCUCAUUUAAUCAGGUCUGAUGUUGCUUUGCUGAGACUGUUUCUGCGUAAUCAAAGCACAAAGCUGCAGCUUUAUGGGCUAAUUUUGCUCAGAAUAUGUCUUCUCAAUUUGGCAUCCUAACAGCCAAUGAACAUGUUAAUUAAACUUGAUUUUUUAUAGAGGGGGAUUUAAAUAUUCCGAUUUAUAUUUGUAUGCAUGUUUUUUUGGAAUGUGUUUCAUUGGCAGAUUUAUUUAGUUUUGGUCCAAAUGGGAUUCCGUACCUGCAAGUGGGUUCAGCUGCAUUAUGACUCUGAAUGAGAAGCACAGCUGUUCUGCGCUCAGAUGGCAACAUGGCACAGCUGGAAGCCAAACCACAUCCACACAAACGCCGCCUGAUGCAUUUUAUUCUGAAAGACUGGUCCCUGUCCCUCAUCUGAGUUAUUCCAUUCAUUUCCUUCAGAAUCACUAUUUAUUGAUCAUUGGCUGAUUGAUAGGUGGCGUUCACUGACACUACAAGUUUCUGUGUAGAAUCAUGUUCUCUCUUCUUCUGUGGUGCUACUUUAAUUUCCUUCACAUCUGUUUGAUUUCCUGUCCGGUGUUGCAGGCGGACAACUACGCCAUCAUUAACUCCAACAGAGACCCCAAAAUAUCUGUAUGGAGGGAGAAAAGUGCCAAAAUUAAAUGUGUAAAUGUUUUUCAUUUAUUAAAAUUGGAAUUAAAUACAUGAGUAUAUUAUUAAAUAUAUUCAAUUUGAAUAUUUUAUAUUAUGUAAAAAAAUUAAUUUAAAUUUAAUUUUU